AUAAACACAUAACAGAAUUGAAGCACAAAAAAGCGAUAAGGAGAAGAUGCGGAGGUCUCUGAGCGGUGGCAGCGGAGGGAUCGGCGGAGGAGGCGGCGGCGGCAGCAUGCUUAAGAACAUUCACAGAGCCGUCAGGGCCGGCGUUAGCAGCGGCGGCGCCGCUGCUCGAGAACAACCGAGAAAACACACUCUGAAUAAUCUGCAGUCCCAUGCUUCAAACAUCUUAACGCUCUCUACCGCCGCCUCCGCUCCUUCAUCGCCUUUUUCUCCGUCCGCCGCCGCGCCUUCUCGCUCUUCAUCGCCGGCGUGCAGCGAGGAAUCUGAGUGGGAAUGCUUGGACGACGGACGUGAAGAUGAAGAAAUGGGGAACUACUUUUACGACGAUGAAUUUGUUUUUGGUGCUGUUCCUUCGUUGGACGAGGUUCACCAUGCAUUCUCCGCUCUUCAACAGGUGUUUGAGCCUGCAGCCUCAAAGAGUAAUACCGCCACCAGUGCACUCAAAGACACGGCGGAGGAAAUUGGUAUUCAGGCUAGCUCGACGCCAUCAGGGUCGUCGGAUUGGAUGGAACCAUCUUUACAUAUCUGUAAUUCAAGAAUGGUGAGGCCUUAUGUCCCAAACAGAGUAUAUGAAGCUUUUCAUCUGAUGCAGACUGAGCCUGCCAUCAAGAGAAUGGUUGUUUCAUUGUCAUCUGAUAAAGCUGUUUGGGAUGCUGUUUUGAACAAUGAGGCAGUGAAAGAGCUCAGAGAUUCACUCAAGCAAGUGACUGUACCUGACCGGGCUUUCGCAGGGAGCACAUAUGAGGAAUCUGUGGCGUCGAAUGGGGAACCAGACGACGUUUGGAGCUGGAUUUUCAGCAAUGCCAAGACAAAAAUGAUGGAGGUGAUUGACAAGGUGAUGACGUUUAUAAACGACUUGUUUCAGCCUCCUGAAGGGGAGAAAAAAGCAUCAGAAGGCAACACAGAUCUCUUAGAUCAAGGGUUCAGGACUUCUUUCUUCCUCUCAGUCCUAGUUUUACUGAUAGUAGUUGUGUCUCGAGCCCAGAAGGCAUAAUACUCAUCAAAAUCUGUCGAAACUACAUGAAAAGGCUAUUUACUCAUGCACUUCUUUUCAACAACAUUGGACAUAUUCGAUUUUCUUGUACACAGAAUCAAAGUAGUAAUGACACAACAUAUUUUCGCC